AACUUUAAGUUCCCCAUUCAGGAAUUUUAUAUUUUGUUUCUGUGAACGUAUAUCAAUUUUACGUACAAGCACUAGUCUCCCUGCAACCUGCAAAACCUGACCACCUUUUUUUCCAUAUAUAUUGAGCUUUAGGGUUCCCAUUGAAGAAAACUCCUUAUUCUCUUUCACUCUUUUCUCACCAUUUUUCUUUCUUCUUCUUAGUUCUCUCAUUUUCUUCACAAAGCAAUGGCGGUGAAAGUAACAAAAGCUGAGAAGAAGGUUAACUAUGACAAGAAACUCUGCAAGCUUCUCGAUACGUAUCAACAGAUCCUGAUUGUGGGAGCAGAUAAUGUGGGUUCAAAUCAGCUACAGAUGAUUCGCAAGGGCUUACGUGGUGAUUCCAUCGUUUUGAUGGGAAAAAACACGAUGAUGAAGAGAUCUAUCAGGAUCCAUGCAAAGAAGACCGGAAAUAAUGCGAUUCUCGCCCUCAUUGAAUGCCUUGUGGGUAACGUGGGACUAAUCUUCACCAAAGGAGAUUUGAAAGAAGUCAGUGAUGAAGUUUCCAAGUACAAGGUUGGAGCACCUGCUCGGGUUGGCCUAGUUGCUCCGAUUGAUGUGGUUGUUCCUCCUGGAAACACUGGACUUGAUCCUUCACAGACCAGUUUCUUUCAGGUACUAAAUAUCCCAACAAAAAUCAACAAAGGCACAGUUGAGAUCAUCACCCCUGUGGAGAUUAUUAAGAAGGGUGAAAAAGUGGGAUCAUCUGAGUCUGCCCUUCUGUCUAAGUUGCUCAUUAAGCCAUUCUCUUAUGGCCUGAUAGUCCAGUCUGUCUACGACAAUGGCUCAGUUUUCAGUCCUGAGGUUCUUGAACUCACAGAUGAUGAUCUUCUCACUAGAUUUGCUGCCGGACUGACAAAUGUUGUUGGUCUCUCCAUGAUUCUUGAUUAUCCUACUCUUGCUGCUAUUCCUCACAUGUUCAUCAACUCGUACAAGAAUGUUCUGUCAUUUGCCAUAGCAACAGAGUACUCAUUCCCACAGGCUGAAAAAGUGAAAGAGUACUUGAAGAACCCGAGCAAGUUUGCUGUUGCUGCUCCAGUUGCAGCUGCUCCUGCUGCUAAAGCUAAAGCAGCUCCUGCUAAGGAGGAAAAGAAAGAAGAACCUGAAGAGGAUGAGGAUGACUUUGUUGGUGGAUUGUUUGAUUGAGUUGUUUAAUCAUCUACCUGUUUGAUUGUCAUCUACCAGAUCCUAAGAUUUGGUACUAGCUACGACGAAUGCUAUUUUGGAUGUCUAUUAGGAUACUUUUGAACAAUUUCCAUUUGGUUUGCUAUUGUUCAGAUGUUUUGUGCAAUGAAUUAUUAGUUCCUUCUGUUUCA